UACAUUUUGAAAAAGCCGCGAAGAUAUAUAUUUUUUGUCAACAAAUAAUAGAAGCAUUAAAUAUGUCUUCUCAGGUGGACGAACUGACAAGCCAACUAGCCCGUACGACAGUUGAAACAUCCAAGGAAUUAAGUUUUGAAGGAAGAGGCUUAAAGUUAAAUACGGCUGAUGAUGCCAAAGAAAUCAUUGAAGCAAUAGAGAAAUGUGACAAAAUGACCUCCCUUCAGCUUGGAGGAAACACUUUGGGUGUGAAAGCUGCUGAAGCUAUUGGUGUAGCUUUGUCAAAGCAUUCAGAGUUUCAGCGAGCUCGUUGGAGUGAUAUGUUCACAGGUCGAUUGAAAUCUGAAAUUCCCGAAGCAUUGAAAUUCCUUGGAUCCGGUAUAAUGAAGGCACAUGCACAGCUUGUGGAAUUAGAUUUGAGUGACAAUGCCUUUGGUCCAAAUGGUAUGGUGGGAUUAGUGGAACUUCUUAAAAGUGAAAGCUGCUACAGUUUAAAAGAACUGCGCCUUAACAACAAUGGUUUGGGUGUUACAGGAGGAAAGAUGUUAGCAGAAAGUUUGUUGGAGUGUCACAAAAGAAGCUCUGCUGCCGGUACACCACUCUCGUUACGUGUGUUUGUGUCAGGAAGAGGACGCUUGGAAAAUGUUGGUGCGACUGCACUGUCUGAAGCCUUCAAGGCAAUAGGAACACUGGAAGAGGUUGCCAUGCCUCAGAAUGGAAUCAUUCAUGAGGGAAUUUCCGCCCUGGCUGAUGCUCUAGCUGUCAACAAACAGUUAAGAGUACUCAAUCUGAGUGACAACACAUUUACUCAGAAAGGUGCACAGGCCAUUGCAAAGGCUUUACCACAUCUUCAGAACUUAGAAGUGAUCAAUUUUUCUGAUUGUCUGAUGAAGACAGAAGGUGUUUCAGCAAUAGCCGACGCUUUGGAUGAGGGUCAUGCCAAUCUGAAGGAGCUGAUAUUGUCAGGAAAUGAAAUCACCAAGUCUGGAAUAAGUGCUAUCACUGGCUGUCUGGAAAACAAAACACACCUACAGAAACUUGAUCUUAAUGAAAACAUGUUGGGUGAAGAAGGUGUAGAGCUAGUACAGGCAGCAAUGGAAGCAAUAGACAAACUUGAUGCUUUAACUAGCUUGAGUGAUGAUGAAGGCAGCGAUGAGGAUGAUGAAGAUGAGGAUGGUGAACACAAUGACGAUGAGGAGGCAGAGGAUGAUGAGGAAGGUGACGUCGUGGAUGACCCGGAGCUCCAGGUCAGAGGUGAAGCGAUCGGCACACCUAGAAAAGAGGUAACAGCCAAAGAUUUCCUGUCUUUCCCGUCUCCAUCCAAACUGCUUCAGCUUGGCAAGCACAGAGUGACAGCCAUCAAGGAAGAACUAGGGAAUGACGUUACUGAUGUGGAAAAAGUUGUAGAAACUGUGAUACGGAUUUCAGCAGUGGUGACAAAGGACGAUGAAAAAACAAAACAUGCUGCUUGUGAAUGUGCAGAUGGAUUGUUUCAAGAGAUAUUUAAAGUACCAGAAAACAUAGCCAUUGCAACAAAUGCACUUCUUGUUCAGAUGGGAAUAAUAAAGGGAGAAGACAAGAAAUUCAAGCCUAUCAGUGAUGUGACUGGUCCCCUCUUAGUGUUGGAGCAUGCAGUGCAGCAGUCGUACUUCCCCCAAACAGCCAGGGAGAUCCUUCUAGCCUUUGUAAACAAGCCUCAUCCCAGAUGGGAGUCUGCAGGGAAUGUCAGAUGCAAGUUGCUGGAGACUUUGAUACAGUUCUGAGAGCUAAACACGUUCUUCUUCCACAGGAGAAUAUUUUUAAAUUAACGAAAGCCUGGUUCCUAUUAAUGGAUUGUGCAUCACAAGUUGAACCGAUGUGAUUUGCUGUUACUCUUGGCACUUGUUAAUAUCACAAAACAUUUGAAGUUAAAUGAUGAGCCAGGGUUUUGUCACGCCUGCUUGUCAGCUGAGCACGGCAAUAAUCUUGUGAAACUAAUCAUGAUAACAAAGUGGACCAGGGUAUGAUGAUGGUGAGAUCUUAAGAGGGUUGGUUGGGUAUCUCUUACUUAAAGAUGCAAAGACAACAUGUUUGAAGCUGUAGCAAUGGGCCAUACAUUUGGAACCUGAUUUAAUAUUAAAGUACAUGUCGAAUUUUAUCUGGAUUUUAUUUAAAAUAGAAUAAUUUGACAAAUUUAUUUAACACCGUGUCUGCUGAGGUAACAUUUUAAUUAUGCAUGCAGUGUGAUUGUGUCUUUAAAAAAUAUAUAUGUUGACUGGAGAUAUUCACAAUCAAUUUUUUUUUUUUUUUUUCUGAAAUAGUCUGAAAACUACAUGUAAAGGCAAUGCAAACUGGAUUUUGCUAAAGCGUUAUUUAGCCUAAGAUUAGCAAGAAAUAUUUAACAAAUAAUUUUCAGAACUGAACUAAACAAAGGAAUGUUCAAAUUCAAUUUCCACCUGCAUUCAUUUGAUUUUUAUUACACCAUCAAAGAACUCCCAAAUUUGUCCUCAAGAAGAUGUAGGUUUUAUGUUUACUAGUAAGAAAAAGUGCAUCACAUAACUACCUACAUCAGGUGUUUUACCAUUUUAUUUUUACAGCAGAAUAAAAAAAAAUAUUGAUUA